AUGGCGUCGUCUCAGAACCCGUCAAUGCCCCUGGCGCCGCCAAUAAUGCCGCCGCUGGGGAUGAUGCCUGCGUUGGGGAUGUUUAACGUGGGGUCUGACAAGGCAACUUUCAAGUUUGAGCCCUAUUUGCGCAGACAGUACGGUUUUGGCCUCAACCCAGACAGACCGAUCUGCGAAUUUUGGCUGCAGUCGGGAAAGUGUCCCAACGGCAACGACUGCGAAAAUAAGCACCCUUCCAAGAUAUUUAACAACAAGAUCGUGUGCAAGUACUGGCUGCGGGGACUGUGCAAGAUGGGCGACGAUUGCGACUUUUUGCACGAAUAUAACCUCCAACGUAUGCCCGAGUGCGCGUACUACUCGCAGAACGGAGUGUGCACACAGUCGCCGGAGUGCAUUUACCUCCACGUUGACCCGCAAUCGAAGAUCGCUGAAUGUUACAACUACUCGAACCUGGGAUACUGUCCAGACGGGCCCAAAUGCCAGAGAAGACAUGUUCGCAAAGUCAUGUGUCCGCUGUAUCUUACCGGAUUUUGUCCCAAGGGCCCUGAGUGCGAGCUGAGCCAUCCAAAGUUCAACCCAGCCAUGAUUCAAGGCCGCUUCAAGAUACGAACAGACGAACAGAUCAUUGCGGGACGGAAGGCCAAGCUCGAACAGCAACAACGCGAGGCGGAAAAGACGGACAAUCACGACGGAUUGCAAAUAUAG